AUGUCGAGGUUAUUUUCACAAUUAAACGCAAUAAAACGUGGUAUUUUUGCACCUCAAGUGUUUUCUUGGUAUCCGUUAAAUCCAGGAAGAGCAUUUUCGACAACCCAUGUGAGAUUGUGUGAAGAGAGUGAGCAGAAAAGUCCCGUGAAAGCUGCAAAUACAAGAGUUCGUGGAACAAUAGACCGGACAAAGGUGAUACCCGUGGAGACGAGUAUAAGAUACCUGAGGAGCGCAGCUUACAGGGAGACGUACGGUGAUCAGCCCGUAUGGGUGCCUUACCGUAGGAAUCACAAGGGAAUGUACCCACCACGAAAAACCCGUAAGACUUGCAUUAGAGGUGGUUUUCUAUCAACUGGGAAUCCCUGUCCCAUCUGCCGGGACGAGUAUUUGGUCCUGGAUCACAAUAAUUUGGAACUACUUAAGCAAUUUGUCUCGCCAUAUUCGGGAGAAGUGCUGAGUUACACUCAAACUGGUCUCUGUCAGAUGAGAUACAAGGAAUUGCUCGUGGCCAUUGAGAGAGCUAUUGACCGUGGAUACCUGACCUACGACGUCCCAUUCAGAUACUACAACUACUCUGAAUACUACAAACCAGAAAAAUCUGCAUAGAGAGACUAAUAAAUUUUCUAGUUAAAACUAAAAAUUCGUAGAUUUUAUUUCAUCUGAGAAGAGUAGUUUGUCCAGGAGAAUGGUCAGGUACGAGGGUACUUUUGUUGUUGUUGGAGGUGGAAUUGCGGGGGUGUCUUGUGCUGAAACUAUUGCAUUUUACUGUCCGGAAGAGAAAAUUAUCCUUCUGACUGAGUCAUCCUUGAUCAAAGCUGUGACUCAAUUAGUGCCUCUGGGAAAAGCCCUGACACGAUUUGAGGUGGAAGAGAGGAGUGCAGAGACAGUAGGGAAGUCUGUCCAGGUGGUUACUGACCAACUGGCAGCUGUUAAGAGUCAGGAGAAGGUUAUUGUGACGAAAGAAGGACAUGAGAUUUCUUAUAAAUACCUCUGCCUCUGCACAGGAGCUCGCCCUAAGUUGAUUGAGAAGCAUCCCAAUGUCAUUGGGAUACGAGAUACUGAGUCAGUGGCAGAAUUUCAGCGAAGGAUCAAGGAUGCGGGGAGAAUUGCCUUGGUGGGAAAUGGUGGAAUUGCAAGUGAGAUUGCUUACGAAGUCAGAGGAGUAGCCGUUGAUUGGAUUAUCAAGGAUAAUCACAUGUCCUCGACCUUCUUAGAUCCAGGAGCUGCUGAAUUCUUCAGAAAAAGUCUCAGUGAGAAGCACAUCAAAGUCCCCGAGCCAUCCUCCAUCAAGAGGAUGCGCUAUGGCGAGACGCAGGGCAGCAGUGGGGCAGCUCUUGGGCCAGAUUGGCAUCGGAUGCUGGAUGUUUCCGGAAAUGCUCGCAAUCUGCCCGAUUCCGUCAACAUUCACUACGGCUGCGAAGUCAGGAAUGUGUCUGCAGGCCAAAAUGCUAACGGGAGAAAAUUAUGUGUUGACUUGACAAAUGGUCAAGCUGUGGAGUGCGACUUUGUCGUCUCAGCGACUGGUGUCAAUCCCAGAAUUGAUUACACAGUGGAUUUGGGCCUGGAGUGUGCCACAGACGGUGGGAUUUCAGUCAAUAAACUCAUGCGAACUUCUAUUGCGAAUGUUUAUGCUGCUGGUGAUUGUUGCACAGCAUCCUGGCCACUGGCUGAAAAUUGGUUUCAGAUGCGACUCUGGACUCAAGCCAGACAAAUGGGCAUGAUGGCAGGGAAAGCAAUGGCUAUGACAUAUUUGGGGCAGGAGGAUGACAUUGUCCAGGACUUCUGUUUUGAAUUCUUUGGACAUGUCACGAAGCUCUUUGGGCAGCAGGUGGUUCUCCUGGGACGAUACAAUGGUCAGGGAUUGGGAACCAACUACGAAGCCAUGGUACGAGUGACUCCUAAUAAGGAAUACAUAAAGCUCGUUCUGGUCAAUGGGAAGCUCCAAGGAGCUGUUCUUAUUGGAGAAACUGGCCUUGAGGAGACAUUUGAGAAUCUUCUGCUCAAUCAACUUGACCUAACGCCCUUUGGGACUGAUCUCCUAGAUCCCAACAUCGACAUUGAGGAUUACUUCGACUAGCACAAUCCCUAUCCCUUCAACCCCUUCAACGAACCCUCAGCAAUUCUUCCCAAAUUGUAGAGAAAGUAAUUAAUAAAAUUGAUUCAGAUGAUAA